AUCAAGUUACCCUCUUCUCACCACCCCUGUAUCUUUUAUUGUUCACUACUUCACUGUAUAUGGAUAAGUUUUUAUAUGAAUUCCAUUAUGCGUUUUCACAGCUUCAGUAGCAACUAGUCACUUUUGGAUCCAGUUCUAGUGGCUGAUCACUUUGUGGAAGUGUCUUGCAUGUGUCUAGUGCUGCUGCUACUGUUUAUUGAUACAUAAGUUUCUUGAAGUUCAUUUUUUAUUGUGGAGAUAAACUGAAAUGUGUCCUAACAUUUCCUAGAGAAAAAGGAAAUGACUGGGCUAGCUAUUGGCAUUUCUGGCAUGAGAUCUGGUGAACGUGCGUUGCUACACGUUGGAUGGGAACUAGCCUAUGGAAAAGAUGGAAGCUUCUCAUUUCCAAAUGUUGCUCCUAUGGCCAAUGUUAUGUAUGAAGUUGAAUUAAUUGGUUUUGAUGAAACCAAAGAAGGCAAAGCGCGAAGUGACAUGACAGUAGAAGAGCGAAUUGGUGCUGCUGAUAGGAGAAAGAUGAAUGGAAAUGCUUUAUUCAAGGAAGAAAAACUUGAGGAGGCAAUGCAACAGUAUGAAAUGGCCAUAGCAUAUAUGGGAGACGACUUCAUGUUCCAGUUGUUUGGUAAAUACCGUGACAUGGCUUUAGCUGUAAAGAAUCCUUGCCACCUUAACAUGGCAGCAUGCUUGUUGAAGCUCAACCGCUAUGAUGAAGCCAUAGCACAAUGUAGCAUUGUGUUGGUUGAGGAGGAAAACAAUGUUAAAGCAUUGUUCAGAAGAGGAAAGGCUAGAGCAGAACUUGGGCAGACAGACGCAGCUCGUGAAGACUUCCUUAAAGCACGCAAGUUUGCCCCUCAAGACAAAGCCAUUUCGCAGGAAUUGCGUUUACUCGCUGAACAUGACAAGGCUGUUUAUCAAAAACAAAAGGAACUCUACAAAGGAUUAUUUGGUAAAAGCCCCGAGCCCAAACCCGAGAAGAAGAGUUUACUACUUGUGAUUUGGCAUUGGCUGUUGUCUCUGUUCUAUUAUUUGUUCAGGCGCAAAGCGGGUAAGACCGACUAAACUGUUGAACCCGGUAUGAAUUUUCACCUAAGCUAUAGUGCAUGUAUGCAUUUCUAUGUAUCUUUGAUUUUGGUUAUUGUAGUUUUGACUACUAAAGUGCACUGUUGAGGAGUAAAGUACACUUUAGCUGCUUUAUAAUGCAGUAAUACAGCCCUCCUAUACUACGCAAAAAUGCUACAGUGGUAAUA